AUGGCCUACAACCUCUCAAUAGAGGUCUUCGGACCCGGCGAUAUCCCCACGCACCGAUCCCACUGGGGCUUCAUGAUCAACAGGCCCGGAAACCUUGAAUUCGGCGAUCUGCUCCAAGUCGAGGUCAUAGAUGCGGACAGGGCUUGGUACAGCUAUGCACCCCGCUACGCAACGAAGAUCAUCGAUAAAGGCGCGGCGGGAAUGUGCAAGAUUGCAGAUCUGACGUCUCAGCAACGACACGAGGUCAUCAAGGUGAUUGAGAAGUCUCCUGCGCCGAGGAAUUCUAGGGGACGAUGUCAGGAUUGGGUUUUUGAUGCGCUGCUCUCAUUGGAGGUGGAUGAGCUUGUUCCUUCUGGGACUUCGGAGUUUUGGAAGGGUAUGAUUGGUAGACCGGCAAAAGAGGUUGCGGCUGCUUGUGGGACACAGUGGAUGGCGUUUUCUUGA